AUGGACGUCGAGCGCGCGGCAGCCGAAAUGCCUGACGAUAUCGUGGGACCAGGCCCUCAGGAAGACCCCGAUGCCCUUCGCAAAGACACCCGUCUCUCCGCCACAUCCAUCCCCCAAAUGGCUGUAGAAAGCGCCGCCCUUCUUACUUUAUUCUCUCUUCUCAUCUUCAUCGAGGGCGGCAUCCGUCUCACAUUAAUUGACGUGAAAGAUCUUGGCCGACCAGAGGGCGUCAAAUUGUUCCCACCUGUCGCCUCCUUCAUUGCCUCCAUUUGCGAGCUCGUCUUCGGUUUCAUCGGGCUCAUGCUUGGACUGAUUUCACUGAUUGAGUCACCCGUCUGCGCCAAAAAGAUCAAAGCAUGCGUCCUUGGCACUGUGCUCCUUAACCUGUUCGUAUUCGCCGUGUACAAUCUCGCAGACCCCAUCUAUCGCAUCAGGAACCUCAUAUCAUUUGGUGGACGCCCUGUCUCGGAUGUCUCGCUCUUCCGCGGCGCAGAGAGCAUGGCUCUGCUUACGAGAAUUUGUUUCACAAUUGCUUUGUUCGCUGGGCAAGUGAUUUUUAUGCUGAGACUGGCGAGUUCGUCUUCCACGAAAGGGAAGUGGUCCUCUGGUGUUAUGCAGGCCCAUGCAAUCUUUUGGAAUGCCAACGUAGCGCUUGCAGGGCUGUGGACGCUCGUGCUUGGAGGGGGUGUCCUUUCUCAUACGGAGUUGUUCCGAAAAAUUGAGGAUGUUAAUGGAACAAUAUUCUUCUUCUUGCCCCAUGCCGGCACGGAGCCUGGAUUUACAAUUGCCACCGGAAUUGUGAUGAUUCUUUGGGGGGUGUUGGGCGUUGCGCUUGCCCUGCUGCGUCGGCAGAAAGUGCAUUGGUUCUUGUUAGGUUCGCUGCCUGUGGCAUUGUUGGUUUAUCUCAACUUUACGCUCGUUCAACUUGGGCAGUUGCGCUUUAUAGUGAGUGAUGCAAGUCUUGUCGCAACUAAUACGGCAUACGUGUUUGCUUUGUUCUUCUUGAGUUGCUUUUUCCUGCGUCGAUGCCGACACCAGAAGCACACAAGUUGA